CCGGGAAGGCAGCGUCAGGUUUCAGUCGUGACGUCAUCCGGAGGCGGUAGGGGGGUGGAGCCCGGCAGAAGAUGGCGUCUCUUCGCUGCAGGCGAGACCCCUGCGGCGUCAUCUGCCUGAUUUUAACGUAUUUCAGCGUGUUUUACGCGGACUACGUGGUCAUCCAGUAUGUGCUGCUGCCCGCCUUCUCCGACAGUGUUUGGUGUACGCUACAUGGAUCAGUGUUCAACCUGAUUCUGCUGCUGCUGCUGGCCUGCCACUCGAAAGCAGUCUUCUCAGAUCCGGGUAUGGUGCCACUUCCCGACACAGCCAUAGACUUCUCAGACCUUCGCUCGCAGUCGUCUCGGAUGAAUGACCGGGGCUGUGAAGGUUGGACCGUGUGCAGUCGCUGUGAAACCUACAGACCUCCCAGAGCGCAUCACUGCCGGGUCUGUCAGAGGUGUAUACGCCGCAUGGACCACCACUGUCCCUGGAUCAACAAUUGUGUCGGAGAGCUGAACCAGAAGUAUUUCAUCCAGUUUCUCUUCUACACUGGCAUGGCCAGUCUGUACUCCAUGGUGUUGGUGGUGUCCGCCUGGGUGUGGCGGAUAAGGAACGAGAGGGAAGGCGACGCAGAGAAAGAAGGAGAGGAAACGCCCAGCAAACACCUGAUAGUUGCUCACUACAUCAUCCUCCUGGUGGAGUCGGUGUUGUUUGGCGUGUUUGUCAUGGUCAUCUUUUACGAUCAGUUGGUCUCCAUAAUCACAGAUGAGACUCCCAUCGAGCAGAUGAGAAACAGGUUGAUGAUCAAGGACAGAGGCUCGACAUCUUCAUCCUCAUCGCCCACCUCCCCCUCUCAGCCGCCUCACCAUCCUCCACACACCCGCAAGCCAAAGCUGGCUCUGCUGCGGGAGGUUUUCGGAAGAGGGUCGGUCUUUUGCUGGCUUCUUCCUCUCCACUCCAGCCCUCCGUCAGUUGGCGGCAUCACCUACUCCGCCCUUCCUGACUACGACGUUUGAAGGAUGGCGAGAAAGGUUUUGAGUGUGUGACUGAGUGAGUGUAUUUUCUGCCUAACUACAAUGUCUUAUCUUUGGACCUGAGAGAUGAAGGAGGAUGAAGGCCGAGACUGGGACGAAUGAAGAGAGUAUGCAUGUUGUUUAGAUGAGUGAAUGAAUGGAUGGAUGCUCUGUGCUGUGUUUGUGUGUGUGACUUUAUCCCCUAGGGCCUAAAAAAUUCAGCCUCGGACUCAUGAAAAUUAUAUCUCUGUCCCGUCAUAAGGGAAGAGCUCCCCGUUUUGUCCCGAUCUGUAGUUUAACUACAAGCAUUCUUUGAUUAUUUGACUCGUGUGGAAGACUCGGUCCCCUGUGUGUGGACUGAUGAGGCUAAUACGUGUACUUUUGCACUGGAGCAGCUGAUAUUGGAUGUAAUAACCUACUUUUUUAUGCCCAGAAACUGCAAACACAGAGGGCCAGAUUUAAUAGGAAAACGGGACAGAACACAUGUGAAUUUACCAGCUCAAACUGACCUCCAGAUGCAUUUUGCAAGUGAAGGAAAGCUCAUAGACGUAAGUCAGUGAUGAGCUUAUACAGGUGGGAUUUGUCUGAGAUCAUCAAGUCAGAAAUGGUGAUCCUCCAGAACUUCUACAACCUGAAAGAGGACUAGAUAUAGUGUUCUUUUAACAUUGUCAGACGACCAAAAUUGGUUUAGAAAAAGAAAAGGAGAGAAACCUGGCGCCUACAUUACCAACAGUGCAACCCAACGUAGUAUUGGGCGAAAGGAAGGGUUGACACAUUUCAGAUUCCCCAGUUAACUUGCAUAUCUUUGGACUGUGGACCAAGAACCUUCUUGCAUCCACAAUCUUCUUUGUGUAUCCAUGAAGAUGCAGCAGUUCAAGGCUAUACUACAAAGUUUGUGACAACAAAGUCCCUGUUCAGCUUUUCAGACCAUUACUUCUGAGCUUCUUUCACUUUACCAGCAGUUGAAGUCAUUGGCGCUAAAUCGAACAACUGUGGGGAUAUGUUGCUUUUUCACUAGCCCUAUCUACAACCUCAGUAAAUUACACAUCGUACCAACACUCGCUAAAAUGAUACACAAACUGCAGCAGAGAGCAUGACAUUGGUGCGCCAGAAAACCAGUUAAUCUGGCCCUCUGUGUUUCCUCCAGUUUCACUUCUUGUCUGAGCCAGAAACUUCUGGAAUAAGAUUUAGGUCAUCAUGAGACACCAAAACUGUCCAAUGGAUACUCUUCAUGCAAAAAUAUUUGUGUAUACAUACAAGAAUCAGAUCAAAAUGAUAUUUUCAGUUAUGAAAAUGUCAAUUGUGUUUGAGCCAGACGACCAGCCGAUUCACAUAUCAGUCCAACCCCAGUGCAGUUUUUUGAUGAUGUGUGUUUGAGGGAGUUCAGACCAGUAUUCAUGCUAACGGGUGUUUUGGCAUGCAAACUCUCUCUGUCUUGUCAGUUCCUCUGACUUUAACAAGCAUCAGCAACUUCAACAAGCUACUAAAGGAGGUCAGGGAUCGUAUCCUUGCAUCAACUUCCUGUUUCAUUCAAACCCUGAAUGAAAACCGAUCAACUGGCCGUUUGGUUGUUGGACUGUGAAAGUUAACUUUGCCCUAAAAAUAGUUUGUUUCUGAAUUAUGACUUUUUUUUAUUGAAUCAAAUUGCUUUUCCAAGGUAAGCCAAGCUUUAAAUAGUUACUAGAGAUGCACUGAAAUUGAUUUUUUUAAGCUCGUAUGAAUGUCCGGUAUUAUCCCAUCCAUACCAGUUGGAUAGCUCAGAGAAAUCACAGGUGCAAAAAUAGGUUGAGCUUUAAUAGACAGUUUACAGCACUUUCAUAGUAUGCUGUUAUAUACUGUAUGGCCAAAAGUGUGUGGACGCCGGAACAUUAAAACCGUAUGUAAUAGUUGAACAUCUCAUUCUAAAACCAAGGGCAUUAACUGUUGCUCAACCCAUCAAGACUUUCACCAAAUUUUGGAACCUUACCUGCAGAGAUUUGCUACCCAUUAAGCCACAAGAUCAUUCGCUGAUGUUGCGUGCAGGGGGUGAUCCAACAAAGUUAUUGUUGGGUUGUGGUCAGGGUUCUUGGAAGGCCAGUAAAAGUUAUUCCACACCAAACUGGAACAACAAUGACUUUGUGCAUGGGGGCCCUGUUUAAAGGAUCUUUCCCAAAGCAGCGACACAAAGUUGGAAGCACAUAUCAUCAAGUCCUUGGGCAAUUCCUCGUCAUUGGAACUUAUGGUUGUGUCGCCCAAAUCACCAAGACCAAAAGUCCACAUAACUUAGGCCACAUGGUGUAUUAAUGCAUCUCUGAUGGGCUCAUUUUUGUUACUGAGUUCAAAGUUGAGGUCCAACACCUUAAUACAAACACCAAAAGACACUGUAGGUCAACAUACUUUCUAUUAUGUAUGUAUUAUUUAUUCUUAAAUCAACCACUUGAGCUCAAGAUAUCAAUUACACCACAACACUAGUUAAUAUCCCAAAUGACACAUUUAACAGUAUCAUGAACUGUCCUCCUUUAUGUCCUGUGAAUUAAUAACAUCAAGCUGGUAUAAUAAUAGAAGAACAAAUAAGAUGUGUUGGGAGUUUGGUGUGAUGCCUCUGGGGUUGAUAUGUUUUGUUUCAAUUUCUUAUUCCUGUGUUUAUCUUGAAGUAUACAGAAGUUUAACGUGCUAACUAAUUAAACUGUGUUACACUUACAGAUUUACACCACACACACACACAUACAGACAUUUAAACAGGGUGUGACUUAAGAUAGAAAAAGGGGGACGCUGGAGAAACACAAACAAGUUUUGUUUACUUUCAUACCACCCUUAAAUUCUAUUUUUAACUUUGGUGAUAAAAGUAGUAUUUUGUGUCAUUCGUCCCCCGACACAUUCAUACACUCAUACUCGGAGUACACCUCUCAGUAUUCUGCUAAAUCUCAGUGAAGGGACAAUUCUUGACUUAUUUAUUGUUUCUAACUAUUCCGUGGAGUUAACUCUACCACUAAUUGUGUAUGUUUAACUGAGGGGAGAACUUGCCUUUCCGUACUGAUCUGUGGUUUGAAUUCGCUGCUGUUUGAAGGAACACUGAAGUGUACAGCGGGAAAACAAAACCACAUAAUGUUGAGGUUCAGUCUAAACCCAGAGCAACUUUUACCCACACUUCUAAAUCAACCAAAGUAAGCGCACUAUAUAUUACCUCAUAUUUACACACUGGACACUAUCAAAGCUAACAAUGGGAGCUUGUUCCGAUGUGGAGUGUUUCAAACUCUGAUGUCUUAUUCAGUCCAAUUCAGGCAUUGCAUUGAAUUGUCGUAGGGUUCAAAAAUCAAAUCAAAAAUAACUUUUUUUGUUGAUUCGCUGGCUUUUUCAAUGCCGGUGCUCCCUCACUCUCAUUCACUGUCUGUGUCAUUUGACCACUGCUCUCUGUCUCUCAAACUAUGGAAUACAAACCAAAGGAAACCAAAAGAAAACUUCUUGCUGGCCGUUUGUUUAUUUACCAAUAAUGUAACCACUAUGAAACGGUUUAUGCUCAUGUUUACUCAUGAAACACUAAGGUAGUUUUUCAUGGUUGAUGUCACGCUAUAAAUUGAAAAUUAUCAGAGAAACUGCAGACGCAAAGGCAAUUUCACCCCUCCAUGUGUUUUUACGUAUGUGUAUAUAGUUAUUCUAAUUCUAUGUUUAACCUGGGCUGACCGUGAGUUUCAGAAACACAAGGGAACAUUAUUACAAGUGCUUCAGUGGAUUUAAUAAAAUGUUCAUUUUGGUCCUCAGAUGUAACUGUCAAAACUGCCGUUUGAGAGAUGAUGUCACUUGUUUGCUCUGAAAAGCCCGUUUUCUUGAAUUACUGACUUAAUUCACAUGGAGUGAUCUGCCUUUUUUUUAAUUAUACUUUAACAUUUCUAGAAAAUCAAGUUACUGAUAUUUACUGAUGAUGAUUCAAACUCUAUUUUAAAAUGUAUUCAUCAGCAAAAACCUGGAGAAAUGUUAGCAGCAGUUAUGAGAGAGUUGCAGCAUUGCCAAAGGGUUUGUAGUACCACAUUCAACCUAUUAGCAACUUCAGAACAGUUGUGUUUAGAACAUUGUGCUCUGUUACAGCGUUUAUUUUACAGUAUUAAGAUAAACCUUUAUGCCAAUGCUUUGUUUUAGACUUUCAUAAUAUUACUUAAGUGCUUUGAUGGGUUAACUAAAUACAGAGCUGGCCAGUAUGAACAAAAUGUAUUUAUUACUUGUUUAUAUUUUGGAUGUGACCAUUGGUGCUUUAAGACAAAACAGAAUAAUGGGUCACUCCAAAUCAAGUUUCAGGUAACGUAAUUGGUUCAUUUGUCAAUUCGAACGCAAUCCAAAUAGCCUAAUCCUUAACUCUGUUGUAAAAUAGUUGUAAAAUAUAUUUUUGACUCGUUCUGACCCCUAAUUUCUUCCAUUUUGCAUUUUAAGGGACAUUUUGGGAAACCUAACUUGUAGUUACAGGUAGGUAGGUAGGAAGGUAGUUACAACAUAUUAUCAGGGAUACCAGAAAGUGUGAAUACCUUAUUUUUUAAGCAACAUAGUUUAUCAUCUAUUCACAGGCCACCCUAUUGGCUUUUGGUGAUAUUCUUAAUAAUUUAGCUUAUGGCAUGAAUGCACGUUUUCUUCGACAGUGUUUAAACCCAUUGGCAAUGAGGCGCCCGUCCUCCAAAAGCUAAAAGAGGCCUUAUUUCUGUCGGUAUUUGUAGUGUUUGAAUUUGACUGCAGAAGAGGGCGGAAGCUUGAUGGAAGAACUCGUGAUAACUUUUCCCGAAUGUUCUCAUAACUGCUGGUAACUGCUCUCCAGACAAUUUUUGACUGGCAGGUAGAUUUACAGUAUAUCCUCGCCCAGGUUUGGUUUUUGUUGUACAUAGGAAGGUUCAUAUUUUAUAUUGAUGAUGUGCAAUUCUCCUGAAGGGUAAAGUUAUUAAGAUAAUUUGUUUUCUAUCGCGAUCUGGGUAAAACAAAACAAAGUUUGAAAUGUUUUUGUGGGCAUUUGAAAAAAAAUCAAGGUUCAAGAGAUUUUGACUUUUAAUUCGUGUCACUUGUCAAUAUUGAACAGAGUGAUGGAGGGAAAAUUUGGUUCUAAAAUCUAAAUCAAACAGAAUCUUGAGAAUUGAAUCAAAUGCACCAAAAAAAAAUAUUUCAAACCGUAAAUGUUUUUGUCCAGGUGUGUGUUAAUUAUCAGGGUACUAACAUGCUUGUUUGACUCUGUUGAAAAAUGCAGUUGAUCUGUUUUGUUUUUUUUUGUUGUUAUGUUUGUUUGUUUUUGUAUCCAUGUCGAUCAACAGGGUGCGCUUGUUUCGGAUUCAUCUUCAUUGGUGCGGUUUGUCUCCUUACCAUUGGUUCCCUGAGUUAAAAUCCGACAAAACUGACUCUGUCAACUGUUAGCUGAAUUAAAAACAAGCACACCCCAUUUGCUGUUUUACUUGACAGCGGGAAGGAAUGUGUGUACAAAUACAGAGGGUCUGAAAUGAACACUAAGCCACCAGCCAAACACUUCCAGCAUUUAAUAUUCAGUUCUUAGCCUGUUUGGCAAUUCAAAGACACAAAACUUUAUUGACUGCACCAAAGUUCUAUACCACUUUUUGAAAUACUAAAAGAAGGAUACAUAGCUCAAGUGUAUCAAGAGGCUGGUCACUUUUCCUAAAGUGGAUGUCAUUAGUGUGUGUAUUUAACUGUUUAGGUCAAUAAAGGAUCAAUUAAACGGGGGUUGGUCCUAAUAUUUUGCUGAUAUAACACUGUAUUUGUUGGCUGGUUGGCUCAAAAAAAGUUAGUUUCACACCCUUUGAACAAAACCAACAAAGAGUUUAAUAUCAUGUGGCUUCAUGAUGAACAAGUUUACAACCGAAUGAUGUUUUAUUUAUUGUUACUAUCUUGAAACCGUGACCUGUGUAUUAUUCCUAAUGACAUGCUGCUCUGGCUCGUUCAACUGGAAGUAAAACAGAUGUCUUUUAAACCUCA